CAGGAGCACAAGGACAAGUUUGAUACAUCCGUACUGAUUAUACGAAGUUGCAAUUUGAACAAGAGCAGGUGUUCUUCAAAUGGAGUCGCUUACCCAACAGUUCUUUUUCUUGUUGUGUUGCCUGUGUUUUGAGCGAGUUUCAACACAAGAAAUGAUAAGAUGCAGUGUCCCACCUGUGAAUUCUCUUCAGAAAACUGUUUUAACUUGUUUCUUUCCCGAAGACCUUAGUGUCAGUAAGAAAGACUUCACAGUCUAUCACUACGCUCAAGCUGGAAGUCCAGAUGCUGUUUUAGACUGCUGGUGGGUUGGAGGUGCUCUGGACUGCUUCGCCAAACCUGGAUUCAGUAGCACGAAAACAGUGAACACCACCCUUAAUAUUACAGUGAGUCACGUGACCUCAGCACUUACAGGUACUUACGCUUGUCAAGUGGCUGGCUAUGGGGCAAGUGUCCUAGGAACAUGUCAACUCGACUUAAAACUCGAUGAAAACAAUACGUGUAAUGUCUCGAACGUGCCUAAUGAUUCCCUCACUCUCACCUGUUUCUUUAAUGAAGAUGUUCAAAAGAAACAGACAAAUUUUUCUGUCUUCGGCUACAAUGGCAAAGAGAAACUAAAGAUAUUACAUUGCUGGUGGGUACACGGCAAGCCAAAGUGUCAGGUUGAUGAUGAUUACCUGUAUGAUUACGAGGUGUCAACUUAUCUCACCAUCAAGAUUCAAAAGACGACAAAAGUGAAAAUAUCUACCUACUCAUGCUGGCACGCGGGAUCCACACAACAACAACAACAGAAAACAUGUUCAAUUGGGAUAUCUGAGGAAGCAAAACGUUUUCAAGCCUCAGAAACAGAUAUUUCAACUGGUUUGGCUGUCGGCCUGUCCCUGGGCUUGACUGCAGUGAUAGCAGCAAUUAUUGUCAUUGUAAUUCUACUGAGACGCAACAAUUGGAUUCAUCGACGGAGACAAACGCAAACAUCUGUGGACGAUGCACACCACCCUAUGAUACAAAAAGAAAGCAACGAAGACGAAGCAACAACAAAGUUUCAAGAAUAUUUAGUACAAAACAUCGAAGAAAUGUACCCGGAUACGCUUAAUUGGUUCUAUUUUGUGCCUCCAGUUUACUUCAACAAACUUCGAUAUGAAACUCAAGCAAUAGCUGAUCAAGUGGUCUACGUCCCACAACCUCCUGACCUGAGUGACGUCAGACACGACCGCGCCAUGCAGCACGUGCUGCACUGCUUCCGUCACAUGGCGGAACACUACAAGGAGAAGAUGUUUGUCUUGUCACAGUUUAAGUACAAAGAUUAUCUAAACAAGCCAGGCAAUAACUUUGCAAACCAUGGCUUACCUGUUCCCGCUCGGUUUACAGACAAGACAAACGUUGGCUGCUUUGACAUUCUCAUUAUUCAUCGACGUCUCGGGGUGUUGGUUGGGGUCGUCAAGUCUCCCAGCGAUAGAGAUGACGGGAGUGAGGACAGUGAAAGAAAAACAGCUGACAUGUUAGUCAGGGAGGUGUCUGAAGCUGUCUCUCAAGUCCAAUACGCAAAGAGCAUGAUGGAACACCUGAUGUCAGAUCAGACACACAAACCUGCAGUUCAACUGACCUUAAUGUUUCCCAACGUUACCUUGUCGUCUCUACAACGAGCUCUCGGCAGUCACAGUCAGGUUGUACAGAGUUUGCGCGAGUGUGUUAAUGUGAAGGCCACUGACGACCCCACUCAUCUGUGUCUUUGCUCAAAUCAUCUGUCGAACCCUUGCGCUCCAUGGGACAUCGACACCAGUGUGAUGAGUCAUCUGAGGAACUGGUGGGAGAGGUUAAUGAAUCAAUCUGAUGUUGACUCAAACAUGACUGAUGACUUGUAUCUAGACAUGAUAGCGAGGUUUUGUGGACCGGCUACUCAGUCCACCAUCCAACUGAUGGACGAGACUUUCCUGCAGCCCAAGACUCUGGCAGACGCCGUGACCCUGACAGGAGACCUGUACGAGCGACUGACUCUGUACCCGGAUAUGAUAGAGAUGCUCGGUGAAGAAAAGUUGUUUCUUGUUGGUCCACCCAACACCGGCAAAACACGAAUGUUGACUCUGGCUGGUAAACAAUGGGUGGAAAGAGGCCAUCACCUGUACAUUUUAGUCAGUAGUGUUUCAGAAUGGGACGUACAGUCCUUGUUUUCUAAAACAUCUCAGCAUACGCAUGCGACAAAUGAUACAGAUGAGAGUUCAAGACCCCUUGUGACAAUUGUAAAGUGUAAUUUUAAUAUCAAGAAGGAAAGGAAGGAAAUUCUAGACAUGCUAACAUUAGAAGGCAAAAAGAAUAUCCGACUAUGUGUAAUUGCAAGUGAAGUCGAUUUUGUGGGAAAACAUUUAAAAAACUUUUUAGAACGUCUAAGUUCCCAAUAUCCAGACCUUUUAUUGUGGGCUACAAGCGGCACAACUGAGAAUGUACCCGAAGGCUGGAAGGUACAGACCUUCACUCAGGCUCUCACCUGUCCGCCUGCAGUCGUCAGAGAAGCUUCACGUGCAGGAGCUGAAUAUUUCCUACCUGGGAUUGAAAUCAAACCACGUGACUGCCUGACGCCUACAGACGGCCCACAAGUCAAAUAUAUUUACCAUGAGAUGGACUCCACGGGUUACCACGAUUGUACUCAGUGUGGCAGGAAGGUGGCAGAUUUUCUCAAGUAUCUUAUUACUAAAAGCAACAAAACAGCUUCUCCAGAUGAUAUCACUGAAGCACCAACCUCAUCUUUAACACGAGUACAACAUGCAUCACCUACCUUGAAUGCAUCUUCUAUUCUUCAAGACAAAGACAUUUUAGUGAUAUUUGAAAACGACAAACACGAAGUCUCAUUUGUGAAGGAACUAAAGAAAGUAGGUUUCCAAGUACAGCCUCUAGAGGUUGGGAAGGACACAGAAGUCGUGAGAGAAGAGAAUGAUUGUGUCUGCUCCAUGCGUGUUGAUAGUUGCCGCAACUAUAGACCAAGUCGUAAAAUCGUGGUGUACGUGGAAAACAAAAAACCACCUGAAAAUGUUUCCAACAAAUGGCGGGGCAUCACGUGCUGCACGGCACAGCUGAUCGUCGUGCGAUGGAAAGCUAGAUAAUUAUCUCACUCUUCAUACAACUUUCUCUUUUUCUCUUAUUUCACUACGCGCAAAUGGUGAUUACACCAACUUGCGCCACCUCUUUACAUUCUAAAUAUAUUAAAGUUCUUUUCAAUGCUCUACCAGCUGCUUUAAAAGAAUAGUAAAAUAAUCAACAGAAAUGCUAUGAUAAGCACUUAAAUUAAUAAAAUGUGUGUAUACUUUGCUAUACAAGAUAAACAUGUGUGUGUAUGCGUGUGAAUUUAAGCAGGUUCUUUCAUGAAUACGUAUGUUUAUGAAAAUAAAAAAUUAAGAAG